AUGAAGGCUAUUCAGCUCGGUCAACUGUCUGAUUUCAAGCAAUCACGCUAUGUGAUUCAUCUCUCCGAUGGCAAGCGUCUGGUGUUGUUCCGUUUGCCGACUAUCGAAUCCUCCAAAGGCAGCAGCCCCGCGGCAAAUGAAACCGAGGAUGGCUGGUGCUAUUAUGCCAUGGAGGCCGAAUGUCCUCAUGCUGGAGGACCUAUGGAAGACUCUCACGUUGAUAUCGAGGAUUCCGCCUACAUUGCAUCGUGCCCGUGGCACGCCUACGAUUUUAACGUCGAGACCGGGGAGUCGAGCGUGGGCAUCAAAGCAUGCACGUUUCCUGUGAAGAUUGGUGAUGGGCAGGUCUCUGUACAGUAUCCGGGCGAAGCUUCUCUGGUGCGACUUGACCCCGUCAGCGAGACGAUCAAGCUGAAGAAAGGCCCUGCCGCGGAGCGUACACCCGUACAGGCCGUGUCGCAACAGACGACACCGGCCAAGUACCUUGAUGAGGAUGCCACAUUAUGUGACUGGGCGGCUCAUAUCUUGAAUACGUCAAAUCACGAACACAAGAUCGAAUUGACCGCUCACUUGUACGCUACAUUCGCGGAAAGAGAGAAGACCUCUUCGCCGAUGCCUAUCGGCAGUGGAUUGGUCACGCCUCCUGAUCAACCACCGCGCGACGGUUUGGCGACUGUGGAACCACGGUCGAUGCCCCGCGCGGGAAAGGGUGGAACGCUGAAAAGCCGCAUUGCGAUGCUGCAUGCGCUGGCCAACAUCGAACUCUGGGCGAUCGAUCUUGCCGUCGACAUCUGUAUCCGGUUUGCAGCCUUCCAAACGCAGCCGCAAGCAGGAGACACUCCCCGGGGCCUCCCUCGAACGUAUUUCCACGAUUGGCUGAAGGUGGCCAACGAUGAAGCCAAGCAUUUCUCCCUCCUUCGCACACGAAUGGAAGAGAUGGGCUCCUACUUUGGUGCAUUGCCCGUGCAUCAUGGUCUGUGGGAUUCCGCAAUGGCCACAGCUCAUGAUCUGCGAGCCCGGAUUUCCGUCAUUGCACUGGUACAUGAGGCUCGCGGCCUCGACGUCAAUCCUAUGACAAUCGACAAGUUUCGUCGAGCGGGGGACACCGAAAGUGUUGAGGCGCUUGAGAUCAUUCACAACGACGAGAUCACCCAUGUAACGACGGGCCAUCGCUGGUUGACCUGGAUCUGUCAGCAAGAAGGCACGGACCCAAUCCACGUCUUCCGCGCCAAUGCACAGAAGCAUUUUCGAGGGGCCUUGAAGGAACCGUUCAACCAUGAGGCGAGGAUGCAGGCCGGCCUGAAUCGGCAAUACUAUGAGGAUUUGAUGGGACAAAGUGACAUCGCUGUCAACUGA